AUGACUGUCAGCCACGCCGUCCAGCCUAUCAUCUCGGCAUUUUCCUUUGGCAUUAUCACAAACGGCGCAGCGGCUGCUGCCGUCGUCUUCCUUCGUACUUCCGCUUCUUCGCUCUUUCACGAUAGCCAGAGGCUGGUCCUCACAACUUUUCUUAUCUCUGCCGCCCUCUGGGCUCUAAUUGCCUUCAUUGGCCUCGCCAUCGACACUCCGUCCGGCUGCCAAGUCGCCAUUGUUUUCACCACAGCCUUUGAUCAAAUCGCCCGCACCGCCUUUGUGCAGUUUCUUCUCUGGGCGAUGACAGGAGGCUCCAAACGAUCUUGGACGAAGUUCAUACCGCAGGCUCUUGUUGUGUUGCGCUUCGUGCUGGGGAGCGUGUACGUUGGCUUCCAGAGGCCCCAGUUUGCACCCGUGUGCUUCUCUUCGACACGCGUGCUACCUUUGGGCGCAUCGAUCCUGGGCGUCGACGCCAUCGUUCUCUCGAUACUUCUUAUCACAUUCCGCACGGGAAGCUCCAAUGGCAAUGGGUGUCUGCAGGUGAAUGCAGAUCGCGCCAAAGUGCUCGUGCUCGGCGUGGCGGCUGCUGCCUUUUGGACAGUUCUGAGCGGGCCGAUGCUGCUGGGGAUAAGAUCUCUCGAUCUGCUCCUACGCACGGUGCUGCCUUGUAUCGGACUUAUCGUUCUAAUCUCUAUGACGAUGUUGGCCAGGUCCCAGCUUCUCGCCAAUUCCGAUGAGGAGGGAAAGCUCUAUCCGAAUCUCAACGACACGCGCCAGUAUCGCAUGUCCGCUCUCGUCCGCGACAUGGCAAACCGGCCCAGCCUGCAGAUGUCGGUCGCCCCGCGAGACAGCAAAGUCUCCAAGCGCGAAACACAGUCCGUCAGAGUCACUGCUCUCAACAAGCCACCCAAUCGCAACAAGGCGUUGCCGGGCAUCAACGGCCCAGUCCCAGGGCAGGUCGAGACAGGAAUCGGUGGCUUGCCUGUCGCCGGGCAGCUGUUUCCUCCCACAAGAUCCGGUAAUCCUGUCGAUUCGAGGUACAACCAACCUCAAGGACCAGGAGCGUCGGGCAGUACACACUCGACCACUCAGAUCACAGCCAUCUGGUGCUUCAUCUUCAGCGGCGACUGCCGAGCAAUGGACCUCACGAACUCGAGGCUCCGGUGUGCCAUCCGCCACCCGAACACAUCUCGACCAGGCGCUGGAAAAGCCGAUGUGUGGGAUCUGCUCGCCGUUCCCAAUGGCGAAACGCCCGUUGUACCGCCGCGCUCGCCUCUGCGGCAGCAGCAGCAGCCAUGGACGAGUCCAGCUGCCAAAGCCAUUGCCAUGCCCACGGCACCCAGCGAAAGGCAGCGGUCACGGCCGAGACAAUCUAGAGCAUCUCUAUCCGAGGACCUGAAAAUCGAUACGUCGUCUCGUCUCCCGCCCGUGUCCAACAACAACAAAGACAGCUAUGCCUUCGCCCAACAAGGGCGGUCUGAAGCACCGCCUCCCUACCAGAUCGACUACCAAGCUCAUGGAUCACCAAAGACACCCGCACUGGAGGCUUUUGUAGCACCGCCAGCCAUUGUCGAAACUCGCAGUUCACCAAGGCUCUCGCUCUUCCCACCACCGCCUACGAAAAGGGCCAUUUCGCCGAGACAAGACUCGCCUACUACCAUGGACGUCUCUUUGGCUCCUGGCAAGCCAGUCACCUACAAAGGUCUGGAAGCUCUGCCACAUACUGAUGGAACUUUCACAACUCAGACAGUCAUGCUGCUUGACGAUGUUGAAUACCGCGAUUCGAUCAUGACGACCUCGAUAGUUUCCCGCAAAUCGUCACCCAUCCGGGGUCUCCUGGGCAAGACCGACUUGACUGGGCCCAGUGAGCAGGACGCGCGAAUCGAGGAACCGCCGGCUACCAAUACAUUGGAAAUUGUGGCCCUCGAGACGUCUCCUGUCCCGUCCCUUCGUGGAACAGCGACCCCAGACGAAGAGCUCAGCGAAACGAGUUCAUUCGACACGGGGGUAGCCGAGUCCCCUUUUCUCGGCCAGUUUUCGCCGCCUAUCACCUCUAGGCAGCACGACUUCUCGCCUCCAGAGUCGCCCGCCAAAAUGACAGCUUCGAAGACCAUGCUGGACAACGACAUGUGGCGUCGUCUGGGCGCACCCUGCCCGACGUUCUCUAACCGUCCCGCCUUCUCCCGUCGUCAACCUCCACCAGAACCCUUGCCUCUGUAUAGGUCCGUCAAUGGGGUCGUGGUGGAGACCGAGCCGUCGCCGCUGGAAUCGCCCGAUCACGCGUUGCGCGAAAUCGAGGCGCAACUGCAAAAGCUAGAAAGAUCGAGCCGGGUAUCUUCUGUGGGCCAGAUGCAGCGCAUGACACUGCUGGCGGAACUGGAGCAAGAAAUCGAUGGGCAGGAAACGCAAUGGCAGGCCAUGCGCCACACCAUUAUCCGUGACUCCUUGUCUACAGUGAGCGUGUCUCCUCAGCGAACCAAGGAGGUUGCCUCGCUAUGGGCAAAGGUAAGACGGGAUCGCAACUCUCAUCUGACAGUCGAUACUUGUCUGAGCGCCAGGUCGGCCUCGCCAGAACCGUUGCGCAGGCUCGCCGUCCCGGGGAGCCGGAUGAGCCAUCUCGCCUUGUCGCCUCUACAGCUGGGCAGUCCUACACCUCCGGAUACAGAUUCGGACAUGGGCGAUGAGAUUCCCGUAAUGCUGGCAGAGGCUGUGCAGUUGGCGCGUCGGCCGGCCGUCUCUCUGUGGAGAGCUGAAGCAGCGUCGCCUCACAUGUUCAAAUACACUGCUUGUUUGUGGUCGCCGAGUCAAGACCGAUCCCUCGUGCUGCCCAAAACCCUCCCAGUGUCAACAGAAAGGCCUACCCGCAGGUAUAGGGAGCCACCAUUGGAAAUCGAUAGUCAGCAGCUUUGGACCAAGGGCAAAAAGUACACACCGAUCCGUCGCGGUGGGCUGUGGAAGCCAACUUCGCCUGCUGCUAGCACCACUUCACCUUCUGCAGCAGCCACAACCUCAAUUCCAGCCUUGGCUCCUUUGAAAAGAUCCGCCUCUCUGCCGAGUCGGCCGAGCUUGGCUGUCAAGCCUAUUCGCAAGUCAAAGCGCAUCUCAGCUCUGCCGGACAUUGUCGAGUCACCCAGACUACACCCCGUGCGUCACACGCUCGGUCUGUUCAGCUUCCCCUGGGGCGAAACAUCUGACAGCGCCUACCCUGCCCUGUAUCAGAACGCCAUUCCCGGUACGAUGAGCACUGGCCUGGAGCGUGUGUUUGAUUUCCCCACUGCUGCCCCUCAGGACGACGCACAGAGGACGUUCUUUGAAGAGUGCGAUGAGGAAGACUACGGCGACAACUUUGAGGACAUGGAUGACUAUGAUGGCUUUGGCAGCGACGAUGAUGAAGUCGACCAGGAGAUGCUCUGGGAGAUUGCUGGCAUGUUGAAGAGCGAGGAGUUCCAUUUGGUCCCCAGCGGGGUGCAGCUACCAAGCCAGUGGCCUCGAGAAGCCCUUGAAAGCAAUGCUCACGUGCAGGGCGCGAUAGACGAAGCUAUCUCGGAACAGAUGGUCGCUCCAACCGCCAAGGCCGAGCUGUGGCAGCCUGCUUCCCAUCUUUUUAAAAUAUCGACGUGCGCGCUCUGGCUUCUCGAGCAGGACAGGGUCUCCAGUCCUGACUGGAUCGUCCGCCACACUGCCAAACCCAACACCCCACCGUCAAAGCUAUGGAGAAGGGUUGGUCAAUUAGCCAAGCUCAAGUCCGCGUCAGACGGACUCUGGCUACCGCACGCUUUUCCUCCGCCUGAAGAGGAGUAUACACUUCAGCCUCGGUCGAAUCGUCGGCCCACAGUGACGCGGGCGCCCUUAGAACUUCUCAGCGAUCAGGCACCAUGCACGCUUUGGCGUCCUGAGCAGGAGAAGGUCAACAGGCCUGACUGGAUCGUCCGCCACACUGCCAAAUCCAAGACCCCGUCGUCAAAGCUCUGGAGUAGAGUUGAUCGACCAGCCAAGUCGUUGUCAGAUGGGCUGUGGCUGGCGCACGCAUUGCCUUCGCAUGAAGAGGAGUACACUCUGCAACCGCGUUCGAGUCGCCGGCCCGCAAUGGUCCAGGCGUCCUUGGCACUUUCCAGCGAUCAGGUAUUCAGUACGCUUUGGCUUCCUGAGAAGCAGAAGGUCACAAGGAGACCUGACUGGAUGGUCCGUCACAUUGCCAAACCUAACCAUACCCAGCCCGAACCGGCCUCGGUAUCAAAGCUGUGGAGGAAGAUUAAUCAACCAGCCACGCCGUCGUCAGAUGAACUGUGGCUACGACACGCAUUGCCUCCGCUUGAAGACAAGUAUACUCUACAGCCACGCUCGAGUCACCGACCCGUAAGGACCCAUACGCCUAUGGAAACCUUCAGCGAGCAGGCAUCAUGCACGCUUUGGCUUCCCGAGCAGCAGAAGGCCACCACCAGACCUGACUGGAUGGCCCGUCACACUGCCAAAUUCAACUACAGCCAGCCCGAACAGGCCCUCUUGUCAAAGCUGUGGAGCAGGGUUGAUCAACCAGCCAAGCUGCCAUCGGAUAGACUCUGGCUACCGCACGUAUUGCCUUCGCAGGAAGAGGUGUACACUCUGCAGCCGCGGUCAAAUCGUCGCCGGCCCGCAAUGACCCAUGCGCCUAUGGAAGACUUCGACGAUCAGGCAACCCGCACACUUUGGCGUCCCCAACAGCAGGUCGCCAGACCUGACUGGAUGGCCCGUCACAUUACCAAGUCCAACCACAGUCAGCCAUCGCACGCCCAGCGUGCAAAGCUAUGGCGCAGGUUUUCUCAACCACAGGCAGCUAAGGCUUCGUCAGAUGGACUUUGGCUGCCGCAGGCAUUGCCCUCGCUUGAAGAGGAGUACGUUCUGCAACCGCAGUCGAGUCACCGCCGGCCCGCAAUGGCCAAGGCGCCCAUGGCACACUUCAGCAAUCAAGGAUUGUGGACGUCAAUCGGGUGCUCAGGGGAGAUGACACGUGGGUGGUUAAUAUAG